AUAUAUUUUGAAGAUUUUAUAAAAAUAAUUUAUUACGUAGAAGUGAAAUUGUGGAGCUGAGCCGAGCUAGUUUCUCCAAGCUACAUUGCUUUCCAUGCCUCUUGUUUAGUAACCAAGGAGCGACAACGACGACCCUUUCAUGCAAAAGCUUUAAAACCUGUCGCUAGUAAAUCUCCUGAGUAUAAAGAGGCAUCGAUGGAAGCUACUCAUUAUACCCAAGGCGCUGAGUUUUUACAGUAUGAAGCAUCGUUGCUUUACAAGAAAGCAUCUACGAGAUGAGCUUCAUGGUCAUUUUUAGGAUUCCUGGGGAAUUUGUGUCAAAAAGCUCUGUACAUACGCAUAAUUGUAUCGAGGACCUCUAAGUUUCUUUCAACAUCAUUAAGGAUGCAGACAUCGGGAUAGAUCGAUGCCUCGUGAUGGCAUUACUCAUUAGGAAGAGCUUUGCGAGUGUUCGCAGUAAGACUUUCCUAAGAUGUUGGAGCUCUCAAGCUGAUCCUGAAUGGAGGUUCAAGGGGUGAGGAUCGAAUCAUGGGCUUCAGGAAGCUUGUUUGAAGAAGUUGGGUCCGAUUUGUUCAUUGAGAGAAAGGAGUAAAGCAAAUUCCCAUCUUGCAUGCCGACUGUUUUUUAUGUUUGCUUUUCUGCUCUUGUAGUUCUGGAUUGACCUAUCAAUUCGAUGUAAAUAGACUUCGCUCAAAUUAUUCAAUUUUAGCAGGCCGGCCUUAAUCUUGUACUUGUUUUAUCUGGUUAAAUAAAUUGCCUUUAUUUCAAAAAAAAAAAAAAAGCAGUGUGAAACCGAGGAGCAGAAUUCAGAAGUAAGAACUCGGGAGUCAGAACUCACGCAGGUUGUUCUUCACUUCAUCGUGAAAAGAGGUUGGGCGCCACGUAACUGAGCAUAGGUAGCCGUUCGAUCUCGAGAAGUAAUUCUAUCCGUUGGAUUUCCUGGGUUUGGCGGCCAGCCUUGCUGUGCAGAGCGAAACUUCAAUGUUGAAGACUUGAACACGCUACACUGGCUGAUCAAAAAAAUAAAAAAAAAUAAAAAAACUUGAACACACUUGUACUACUACUUUACAACAAUUAGCCAACAGUGAAAACAGUGAAUAGUCAAUACCCCCCCCCCCCUUUUUUUUGUCUAUAGGCAAUAAAUUUCUGUUGGCUGCUGACUUGACUGGGGAUCGCUUUCGCGCUGUAGCUUCGACUCCGCCUAAUUGGAUGCUGGUCGGAAGAAAGGUGAAAUGGUAGGAAAUUUGAAUAAAAACAGCUCAUCAGACAUGGAAGGCAAACGGAUGGUGAUUCCAAAGACUGAAGUCUUGGAUUAUGAAUUGCCACCUUAUACGAUCUGCCCAAGGGAUGUUGGGGACAAUGUUGCAAGUUCAUCCGGAGGCAAUUUAAGAGCAUUCUUUAUUGGAAUGGGAUUCCUACCAUCUCUUGUUGAUAAAGUGAUUAAGGAAAAUGGUGAGGGCGAUGCUGACCAGUUAUUGGAGACUCUCUUUGCAUAUUCUGCUCUUGAAAAAUCUAAUUCGCAGUCUUCUGAUUCUCUGGAUAGUUUAUUUGGUGAUAAGGAUACUCCAGAAAUCUCCUCUGGCAUUAGUCCAAAAGAGGAGCUCGAUGAGCUUUGUGCGGUUAAUGAUGAUAGAAGAGCUUCGUUACUGAGGAUGAACUUCUCCGUGAAAGAAGUAGAUUUUGCUAUCCAGAAGCUUGGUGAUAAUGCUUCAAUUCAUGGGUUGGUGGAUGUUAUAGUUGCUGCUCAGAUUGCCAAAAAUGUUGAAAAAGAAAAAGACGAUGUUGCCAUUAUUUACACAAAAAAUGAGGUUAAUAAUGAAAAACUGUUUGGGACCAUGGAGAAAACCCUUCAGCUACUUGAAAUGGGUUUCUCUGAGAGUGAAGUAUCAUCAGCAAUUGAUAAGCUAGGUACUGAGGCUCCUAUAAUAGAGCUUGCGAACUGUAUUGUAGCAGAGCAAAAUGGCAUCGAUUAUGUUGUGUGUAAGUAUCCCACCGCUUCUAGUUCAUGUUCUAUGAGGAUCAAAACAGAAGAGUUAAAUGGCUCAGAAGAAGUGAAAACAGAGAACUUUGGCCAUGAACCUUCACAGUCAAGGGAUGUCAACUUAGAGGAAACUUUUCAUGGUAAAAGGGUAAAAGAUGAGUAUGCUGAUGAAUUUCCUGGUGCUAAUUCUAGCAUGGAGUAUUCCAGCUUUGAGGAAAAUAAUGUCAGUAAAAGGCCAAAGCAGGAACAUUAUGAUGUCUCGACAUCUCCUCUUGAUCCUGAUUGGGUGGAAGAGAAAGUUGAUGUUGACAUUGGUGGACUGCCCAAGCUUUACAAACCAAAUCCAUCCAGGUGUCUUAACAGAGUAGUAAUGAAACCUCCAUAUUUCUUUUAUGGAAACAUAGCAAGCAUAUCUUAUGACUCGUGGGCAAAGAUUUCUCAGUUCUUGUAUGCUCUUGAACCUGAAUUUGUGAAUACUCAGUUCUUUUCAGCCGUGAGUAGAAAAGAAGGAUAUGUACACAAUCUUCCUACUGAAAACAGAUUCCGCAUCCUCCCAUCGCCUCCUAUGACUAUUGCUGAUGCAAUACCACUCACAAGGAAAUGGUGGCCAUCUUGGGAUUCGAGGAAGCAGUUGAGCUGCAUUAGUUGUGAAACCAGUGAAAUAGCACAACAUUGUGAUAGAUUAGGAAGGACCCUGUCUAGUUCUAGUGGAGUACUCACUUCUGAACAGAAGCAAGACAUCCUACAUCACUGCCAUAAGCUAAAUCUUGUCUGGGUUGGCAAGAACAAACUGGGUCCUAUAGAGCCCGAACAUUUGGAGGUUAUCUUAGGCUAUCCAUUGCAUCAUACCCGUAUUCCUGAUAUUACUUUGAGAGAAAGACUCAAUCUACUAAAAUACUGCUUUCAGACAGACGCGUUGGGUUAUCAUCUUUCUGUGUUGAAGGCCAUGUUCCCUGAUGGAUUGACGAUGUUGUCAAUUUUUAGUGGGAUUGGUGGGGCAGAAGUUGUUCUUCACCGUCUUGGGAUCAAGAUAAAGAAUGUUGUAUCGGUUGAGAGUUCGGAGGCUAAGAGGAAGGUUCUGAAGAGAUGGUGGCAGACUUCUGGACAAACGGGGGAGUUGGUUCAGAUUGAAGAAGUUCAAAAGCUCACGAGUAGCAGGCUUGACACUAUGAUCAAAAGAUUUGGUGGUAUUGACCUGGUCAUUUGCCAGAACCCGUCUUCUUGCUCAAGCUCCAAAAAUCAGAGUCAGACUCACAUCGCUUUCGAUUUUUCCUUGUUUUAUGAAUUUGUCCGUGUUGUGCAGCGUGUGAGGAGCUUGUGUGAAAAGAGGUGACUCUGAUUGUUUCUUCUUGUACGUUUAUAUCAUUAUGGAGACAGGUACUGACCCUGAUAUUCCAUUUUCUCUUGGAAGUUUUUAUUUGGUACCCAGUUCAGCUUUUCUGACCAGUGGCCGCCCAGCACAAUGCCAAAUAGUGUUUUUGAGGCAAUUCAAGUACCGACGGUAAUUUUUGGAGGCAUGUGGAUUUUUGUAUUAAACUGUUUCAUUUUUUUAGAAAAAAUUGGAUUAGUUCUAAUGGA